UAAAUGGACUCAAAAUAUGAACGAAAAGAUGAAUGACCACGACUAUGCUGUCCAGUUUUACACAGCAACACCAGUAUUCGGCUCAAAACCGGAUGGAACACAGAUUCAAGACAUUUCCGUAUCACUCGAGAAGAAGUCGAAGUCUCACAGGAACUGCUGUGUGCCCAAAUGUCACACCACUGGCUACGGACUGUUAGAAGGCCAUGGAAAGCCCAGCUAUUAUGCAUUUCCAGCUGAAGAUGAUCCACUUCGAGCUGUUUGGUUGAAUAAAAUACGAAGAGAUGAAGACAGACAUUUUAAGAUAAGUCACAAUACGGUUGUCUGUUUUCUCCAUUUUGAACCUGACUGUCUUGAUGAAUCUGGAUUUGCUUAGCGGAGGUAUCUAAAACCAGGAGCCAUCCGUACACUAUUCGACUGCUGGAAGGACAAACCACAUCUGUUGAAGCCUAAAACCCCACGCCGUGAAAAUGCUUUACUAAGAAAGAGAGCAAACAACAAAACAGAUAGAAAGGAUGACAUUGAAGAAAAGCAACAAGUUUCUAAUAAUGAAAAUGAUACAGAAACUGGUGAUGAAACAGUUGAACAUUCUAAUGUGCAGGUAGAGCACUUUGAACUUCAAAAUCAUUUUUUACAUGAACAAUGUAAAAUGUUAGAACAAAGAGCCAGAAGAUUCGAAGAGGAAAAUGUACAACUGAGGACUACAAUUGAUGAAUUGAGAUGUGAAAAAGAAACUUAUUUAUUUUCUGUUGAAAAUUUAAAGCCAAUGGAUUUCCCAUUUUAUACUGGCUUUCCAUCAAAAGAGGUAUUUUAUGCCGUUCUUCAGCUUGUGAAUCCUGGCGAACAUGGUGAAAACAUUAUUCUGGUGCCUCAAAAAGAUGACGCUGCUAGGACUGAUCAGCCAAAAUUAAGAAAACCAAGAAAAAUUUCUCCUGCCAACCAGUGUUUCCUAUUUUUGUGCCGAGUUAGGGUUGGGUUGUUUGAAAAUGACCUGGCAAAACGCUUCAACAUUUCAUUAGGAACAGUGAGCACAAUUAUUAUUACUUGGGCCAAUUUUCUAUAUCUGCGAUUGGGUUCGAUGAAUAUUUGGCCUUCACGUGAACAAGUAGACAAUUCAAUGCCAAGCUCAUUUAAAGAGAAAUAGCCCUCUACGCGAGUUAUUAUAGAUUGCACAGAAAUAAAGGUAGAAAUGGCAUCCUCAUUGCUUCUAAAAAGUCAAACUUACAGCAACUAUAAAAGUUCCAACACAUUGAAAGGACUGAUAGGCAUCGCUCCAUGUGGAAGUGUCACGUUUGUAAGCCAGUUGUAUCAUGGUAAUAUUUCCGACCGAGAAAUAACAUUGCGAAGUGGACUUCUAGGACAGGACUUCAAGCAAGGAGACAGUGUGAUGGCUGAUAAAGGAUUUGACAUCCAAGAUCUGCUGGAAAGGAAGUCUGUGCGGCUGAAUAUUCCCCCGUUCUUAGGCAAGAAUGACCAGAUGACCAGCGCAGAGGUAAAGUUGACCCAAAGCAUCGCAGCAGAGAGAAUUUACGUGGAACGUGCAAUUAACAAAAUUAAAAGUUUUCACAUAUUUGAUCAGGUCAUUCCGGUUUCUCUGUUUGGGACAAUUAAUCAAAUUUGGACGGUUUGCUCAUUGCUCACUCUUUUCCAAGACCCAAUUAUAUCAUGUCCCGGUGUUUAACAUACAUACCAUUUAUAUGAACAUUUGUUGUUCAUGUACAUCAUACUACAUGUAGGUUUAUGAAAUACCAUUGGCUGUUCAUGUAUGAUUUGUACAUUUUUUGGCUUUGUAAAAAAGUUUUUGAUAAAUAUCUUGAUAUAAGCAUUGAUUUAGUUACAGAUUUAUUCUUUGAGAGUACUUAAAGCUACACACCUUGAAAUAAAGUACAUGUUAAUCAAUACAUAUAGAUGCAAUUUGAAAGUGUGAAAAUUUUUCAUUAAAUCUAUAGCCUAGUUAGCAAGUAAUUUAUUAUUUUUCAAACAGGAAUUAAUGCUUUUAAAACUGAAAGUAGGAUUUCUAUAUUAAACACUAUUAUUUUUAAGUUUUAAAGCGCAAAAAAGAUGGCUUUCUACCUUGUUAUCACCAGAUAUAUUCUAGUUGGCAUAAUAAAAUUAAAUCUAUAGCCUAGUUUAAUAGCAAGUUAUUUAUUAUUUUUCAAACAGUACCGCUUUUAAAACCGAAAGUAGGAUUUCCAGACGUACACAUCCAUUUCGACAAACACGAUUAUUUUUAAGUUCUAAAGUGCAAACA